AUGGCUGUACCUUCGAAGCCAGUCCAAGACAAUUCUGUGGUCGAGGGUCAUGACUCGUCCGGAACAGAAACUCUCUCUGCUGAUGGUUUUGUCCCUGAACAGACCGAGGUGGAGACUCGUGUCUCUGAUACCUCAUCAAAGAUCUUAGACAUCAUCUUUGACUAUGCAUUGAACAAGUUCAAUGACAGCAAGGAGAGACUUGAGACUGGCAGGCCCAAGUUCUUGGCUGUCAUUAGCAAAUUCGUUUCUGCAGGCACCCGGGUUGACAUGUGCCUUCCUGCAUUCCCUUUUAAAUCGGCCAACAAGGCUUACAAAGUCUUUGGCAUUCUACCUGAUAAGGCUGAAGAGCUUUCUCUUGGUCGUCUCAACACCAUGUGUGCCCGCAUCGGCGAGAUCUAUCCGCCUGGAGCGCAAUGUAUUAUCAUCUCCGAUGGUAUUGUCUACAACGAUCUGUUGAGUAUUUCGGACCGUGACACGUGGGCUUACGGGCAAGCUCUCCGCAAACUCGCUUCAGCCAAGGACUUCAAGCACAUUGGUUUCUCUAGAAUCAAGGACUUGAUUGACUUUCCUAUGCCACACGACAUAAGAGAAAUUGCUUACGUCGCAAAUUGCACCAACUUCCGUCGAGACUUUCUUAACCGCUUCGGUAAAGACGAUAUCGACAUUGACAAGGAAAUCAAAGACAACCCUGAUACCAUGAUGACUUACCUUGGCUAUCGUCGAUUUCUUGAGUCCGAUCUUAAGCACAUAUUUCCUGUUGGUGUUGGUCGAACUGCCAAUGACUACAGGAGAGACGUUCGGUACCUUGCUAAGCAGAUGCUCAUUCGAGGAUAUGCUUUUGCAGGCGCUGUCAAGAAUGGCUUCCCCAAUCACUUGCGACUCUCUAUUCACCACUCUACUGGAGAACAUAAAAUUUCAAUGAGCCUGCUAGACACCAAGACGGGUUUUACGACCCCUUGGCACUGCUGUGUUGCUCGGAUGGCCAAUGGUGAAUGGACCAGUGCUCCAAUGGGAGAGUACCUAAAAGACCCCAACAUGAAGGUCGUCCAUGAAAAUGGUCGUCCUAGCUAUUUCCAAGAGACAAUCAACGAGACCAGUACCGAAGAGGUCUCAGUUUCCCAGCCUGUACGCAUGCAUCAACCUGAGGUUCAAGACGGGACGCAAGACACCAAGUCUACACUCUUGUCACCCUUUACUGGCGAGGAAGAAGAGCGCCUCACGGCUCUUGCCAAGUCUAUCUCGUCUGAGCUGAAACAACAAGACAGCAAGCCCAUCAACCCAUUCUCUGCCUCUGACAAUCCGGCUCUUGAUCCUCACUCCAGUGAGUUCAAUAUCGCUGCCUGGUUACAAGCUGUCAUGAGUAUCACAACUCGUGACCCCGAAAAGUACCCACGAGGCGUUGCCGGCGUGGCUUACAAGGAUCUCUCUGCCCAUGGAGUUGGUGAGGCUACAGACUACCAAAAGACGUUCGGCAACUACCCUCUCGAGCUAGUCAGGUUUGCCAAGAAGCUCAUGAGUCAGGGUGAAUCGGCCAAGAUUCAGAUCUUGAGGGACUUUGAUGGUUUGAUCAGGAGUGGAGAGAUGCUUUUGGUCCUUGGGCGACCGGGAAGUGGCUGCUCAACAUUCCUAAAGACCAUAUCUGGCGAGACUAGUGGCUUCAAGAUUGGGGAGGAGUCCUAUCUGAACUAUCAAGGCAUUCCAAGAGAGACUAUGCACAAGGACUUCAGAGGGGAAUGUAUCUAUCAAGCAGAAACUGAUGCUCAUUUCCCUCAGUUGACUGUAGGACAAACACUUGAUUUUGCUGGUCGGGCAAGGGCUCCUCGUACGCUUAUAGACGGUAUAACACGCAAGACAUACGUGACGCAUCUUCGUGAUGUUGUAAUGGCCGCUUUCGGUCUGUCCCAUACUGUGAACACAAUUGUGGGAAAUGACUUCGUUCGUGGGGUGUCUGGAGGUGAGCGCAAGCGUGUUAGUAUCGCUGAAGCAGCAAUCGGAGGCAGUGCCCUACAGUGCUGGGACAACAGUACUCGAGGUCUCGACAGUGCAACCGCUCUUGAAUUUGUACGGACAUUGAGAACCUCUACCAAGCUCACUGGAGCAACCGCGCUUGUCAGUGUCUACCAGGCCUCGCAGUCUAUAUAUGAUGUAUUUGACAAGGUUACAUUACUCUACGAGGGUCGUCAGAUCUAUUUUGGCGAUAUUCACGCAGCGAAGGAAUUCUUCAUCAACAUGGGCUUCGAAUGUGCUCCAAGACAGGUAACCGCUGACUUUCUCACCUCUCUCACUAAUCCACUAGAGCGCAGGAUUCGUCCUGGGUUCCAAGGUAAGACACCCUCCACUCCAGAUGAGUUCGAAGCAGUAUGGAAGCAGAGCAACGACCGGACCCGUCUGUUGCAGGAUAUCGAUGAAUUCAGCAGAGAGUAUCCUAUCGGAGGCCUGUCUUUGGACAGCUUUAAACACUUCCGCAAGACUAUCAAGGCAACUUCUCAGCGUGCCAAGUCUCCCUAUAAUCUCUCCAUUCCGCAGCAAGUGUCACUCUGCGUCCGACGAGGAUUCCAAUCCCUGAGAUCCAAUGCCACCUUGGUCAUCAUUGGUUCUCUCUUCAACGCAAUUAUGGCACUGGUCGUUGGCAGCAUCUUCUACGACCUACCUAAUACAACCGACGCACUGUACAGUCGUGGAGCACUUCUAUUCUUCGGCAUCCUUCUGGCAGCGUUCGCCAGCGCACUUGAGAUCAUGACUUUGUAUGCGCAGCGACCUAUUGUUGAGAAGCAUACCAAAUAUGCCUUCUAUCAUCCAUUUACUGAAGCCGUUGCCUCGAUGAUUUGUGAUCUUCCCAACAAAAUCCUCACGUCAAUCACAUUCAAUCUGGUGCUUUACUUCAUGACGAACCUGAGACGUACUCCCGGACACUUCUUUGUUUUCCUACUGUUCACAUUCACAUGCACCUUGACUAUGUCAAUGUAUUUCCGCAGUAUUGGUGCUCUGUCCCGGUCACUGCCCGAGGCUCUGGCUCCUGCUUCCAUUUUCUGUCUUGCCCUGGCGAUUUAUACUGGCUUUUCGAUUCCCAUCAAGGAUAUGGUCCCAUGGUUCCGAUGGCUCAACUACCUUAACCCCGUUGCCUACGCUUUUGAGGGGCUCAUGAUCAAUGAAUUUCAUAGUCGAACUAUUGAAUGUUCAAGAUUCGUGCCCCAAGGCCCAGAAUACGAGCGCGUCUCCUCCAAUGAGCGGAUUUGCGCAACAACCGGAGCUGCUGCAGGCGCCGACUUUGUUGAUGGUGAUGUGUACCUUGCCGUCAACUUCGGGUACCAUCAUAGUCACUUAUGGAGAAACUUUGGCAUCAUGAUUGCUUUGAUGCUCUUUGGCUGUGCUGUCUACUUGGUGGCAACAGAGUACAUUUCUGCCAAGAAAUCCAAGGGUGAAGUGCUGAUCUUCCGCCGUGCUGAUAUGCCUUGCCUUCAGUCGAAAGUGGAUGAAGAAACAGUGUCUUUUGGCAACACUACGUCGGAUAUCUUGUCCAAAUCUGCCCUUGACCCUCCUGUUGGUCUUGAAAAGCAGACUUCCAUUUUCCAAUGGAGUGACGUGACUUACGAUAUAAAGGUGAAGAAAGAGACCCGAAGACUACUCCAUCAGGUGGAUGGCUGGGUUCAGCCCGGAACUUUGACUGCUCUCAUGGGCAUCACAGGUGCUGGUAAGACUACGUUGCUCGAUGUACUAGCCAAUCGCACCAGUGUUGGUAUUGUUGGUGGGGAUUUCCUUGUCAAUGGCCAGCCAAGGGACACAGGAUUCCAACGCAAGACUGGCUACGUCCAACAGCAAGAUCUCCACCUGUCAACCACGACAGUCAGGGAAGCUUUGACAUUCAGCGCUCUUCUUCGACAGCCACGGGCUACUUCCCGUCGGGACAAGUUACAGUAUGUGGAACAUGUUAUCGACACUCUUGAGAUGAGAUCAUAUGCCGAUGCCAUAGUCGGUGUGCCUGGUGAAGGCCUUAACAUUGAACAGAGGAAGCGGCUGACCAUUGGUGUCGAGCUCGCUGCCAAGCCUGCUCUAUUGCUCUUUCUGGAUGAACCCACUUCAGGUCUUGACAGUCAGACGGCUUGGUCAAUUUGUCAACUACUUCGAAGACUUGCAGACAAUGGUCAAGCUAUUCUGUGCACAAUCCAUCAACCAUCUGCUCAUCUCUUUCAAGUUUUUGACCGCCUGCUGUUCCUAGCGAUGGGAGGUAAAACAAUGUACUUUGGAGACAUUGGACCUUCUUCAAAAGUAAUGACAAACUACUUUGAGCGUAAUGGGGCUCGUCAAUGUGGACCUGAUGAGAACCCAGCUGAGUGGAUGCUUGAAAUCACUGGGUCUCUUGCCAACCAAGACUGGCCUGCAAUCUGGAAUGACUCCCCAGAACGUAAAGCGGUCAAAGCAGAGCUCGCAAUGAAAAAAGCAGAACUCUCUCGACGGGCAAUUGCUAUCACAGACCCAAAAGAUGUCGAUGCGCUACGUCCAUUUGCAGCAUCCUUUACAACACAACUUGAUGUCGUUCUGAAGCGGGUAUUCCAGCAAUACUGGCGCACUCCCUCAUACCUCUACUCAAAAGUUGCGCUUUGUCUCUUCAGUGCACUUUUUAUAGGAUUCUCUUUUUGGCAAUUGUCCAACUCUCUUCAUGGGCUACAGAAUCAGAUGUAUGCCAUUUUCAUGCUGCUUGUCAUUUUUGCCAACGUCUGCUCCCAAAUCAUGCCACAUUAUGAUGCUCAGCGGGCACUUUACCAGUCUCGAGAAAGUCCAUCAAAGACGUAUUCGUGGCAAGUAUUUGUACUAUCCAAUAUACUGGUUGAGAUUCCUUGGAACUCUGUAUCAGCACUCCUCAUUUUUGUAUCCUGGUACUACCCCAUUGGGCUUCGCCACAAUGCUUUAGAGGCAAACGAGGGUCCAGAGAGAGAGGCUCUCAUGUUUUUGUUCAUUCUCGCCUUCAUGAAUUUUGCUGGAACGUUUACAAAUAUGGUCUUGUCUGCUGUCGGUUCCGCUGAAGCUGCUGGAAACUUGACUAACCUAUUGCAUUCUUUGUCUCUGAUCUUCUGCGGAGUACUCGUGUCCCCUGAUGCUAUGCCUGGCUUCUGGAUCUUCAUGUACAGAGUGUCACCUUUCACCUAUUUCUUCUCUGGCGUUUUAUCUGUUGGUCUCGGUAACUCGCAAAUAUCUUGCUCAACUGAGGAGUAUUUACGUUUCUCACCGCCACCUUCUAUCAACUGCUCGACUUAUCUGGAGCCAUACAUCAAUGCUUUUGACGGCUACCUUACAUCAGAAAGUAUGGGAUCAACAGCCGAAUGCGUUUUCUGCAGUGGUCAAGAUACCAACAUUUUCCUUGAAACAGUAAGUGCAGACUAUGACGACCGUUGGAGGAAUUUUGGUAUUUUCUGGGUGUACAUCAUCUUCAACAUGGCGGCAGCACCUGUGUUGUUUUGGCUCACAAAGGUGCCGAAAGACAAGAUCAGUACAAGGAAUAACGGAAAGGUUUCAGCAGUGAUGAGUGAAGAUGGCAGUGCAGAAUGA